AUGAAAACGCAACUGGCGCUACUUUUAGUCCUGGUCGGAGCUACGGCCAUUGUUAUGGCACGUCCGGAGCCACCGAAGUCUCGGUAUGGUGCACCACCGGCACCACAAAAGGAAUAUGGCCCGCCACCGCCAGCUCAGCCCUUGCCUGUUUAUGGUCCACCGGCUGCUUUCUAUGGACCACCAGCUGCUCCCACAUCCGAGUCAAUUGUCACCAAGAACGUGUAUGUGCAUGUGCCUCCAGAGGAGCCGGAACUCUAUCCGGCUGCAUUGCCCAUUCAAACUGCCGUGCCCAAGAAACACUACAAGAUCAUCUUCAUCAAGGCACCAAAUCCACCCACUCCACAGCGUCAGGUGUUGCCUCCUCCAGUGCAGGAUGAGCACAAGACCUUGGUCUAUGUGCUGGUCAAGAAACCCGAGGAACAAUUGCCAGUGAUUCUACCAUCUCCCGCACCCACGGAGCCCAGCAAACCGGAGGUCUAUUUCAUCAAGUACAAACAGCAGCCGAAACCUGCCCCACAAUACGGUCCCCCUGCCGCCGUGCCCGCCGAUGAAUACGGUGCACCACCAGCUCCCCGCACUCUGGAGCAGUUCUAGGAUUAGUUCUAAGUCCGUCCUAAUACUCAAACAAUCAAAUGUAAAUAUUAUUUAUAUAUAGUUGCCAACUUCAGUUGAGUUUGUUGACAUUAAACGAUAAAAUCCCAA